AAAAGAAAUUAAUCAACCAAAUAAUAUUAAGAAAAGCUGCAAAAAGAUGAUUCUUGAGGCAGCCAUGAGGAUGAAAUCAUGGAGCAAAGAGGAGGAAUAACAAGUUAAAAAGACAAUCAAUUAAAGCAUUUAUAUAUCCAGCUGUUAUUUGAAUGGUUGUCUCUUUCUGAAAAAGUGACCGUUGAAGCUUCAACGUUAAGCUGACCGUUGAUGGAAUUUCGAGGAUAUAUAUAUAUAUAUAUCAAACCUUACUUUUCUCUUCUUCAUAGAAUCUCAAGGCUUCAAACACACAAAAUUAAAAAAAGAAAUCCUUCAAGAAUAAGCCUAGUUCCUUCUUCUUCGUCCCCUUUUUUUCUGUAUAUAUAAUCUCAUCUCACACAUAUUCUUCCUUCCAUUCAACUCUCUCCUCUCUCUCUUUGCUUGUGAUCAGAGAUGGGUUUGGUGGUGGUGAUCUCUCUACCAUUAAUUUUCUUCUGCUUGUUGCUUGGUUUCGGAUGUUACUUUCUAGGUCGAGCAAAAGGGAGACAAGACAUACGGACUAAUGCGCAGAUAUUCGGUGUUCCCACGCCACCACCUGGUAGUGGUGCAGCUCAUUCGCCAUCGUCACAGCAGCCGGUUUUCAAACCUGAAAAUACCACCAAUGUUUGAUUAGUAGUCAGAUCUAAGUUCAAUUCUUCACUGUACUACUGUUUGUGACUUUGUGUAUGUAAAUUCUGUGCUAUGAGUUUAAACUUCAAUACUCUAUGGGUGAAUCAUUUUUCCAGUUA